AUGCGCCUGCCGCCGGGGGAGACCGCGCUGCUGCCUCCUUUGCGCGCUUCUCUAGCUGCCGCCGCCGCCGCCACUUACUGCCUGCUGGUCCUGCAAGUGGACGCCUAUUUCGGCCUGACCGGAAAAGAAACCUUGACUCAGUUUCCUCUGCUGGGAUCCUCAACAAAUCCUGCCCAUUGGAAGGCUCACUUGAAGCAAUGUGACCUGCUGAGGCUUUCCCAGAAGCAAAAGAGGCUUUGUCGUCGGGAGCCGGGGCUGGCUGAGACUUUGCGGGAUGCCAUUCGGCUCGGGGUCCUUGAGUGCCAGUACCAGUUUCGCAAUGAGCGUUGGAACUGCAGCCUCGAUGGGAGGGCGAACCUGUUGAAGAGAGGUUUCAAGGAAACGGCAUUUCUCUAUGCCGUGUCUUCAGCAGCAUUAACUCACUCUCUAGCUCGGGCAUGUAGUGCUGGGCGAAUGGAGCGCUGUAGCUGUGACGAUUCUCCUGAUUUAGAGAACCGCAAAGCCUGGCAGUGGGGCGUGUGUGGUGACAACCUCAAGUAUAGCACCAGGUUCCUGAAGAAUUUCCUGGGCCAGAAGAAGGUUGGGAAAGAUCUGAGGGCCAAGGUGGACAUCCAUAACACAAAUGUGGGCAUCAAGGCUGUGAAAAAUGGCCUCAAGACCACUUGCAAGUGCCAUGGUGUGUCUGGCUCAUGUGCUGUGAGAACUUGCUGGAAACAGCUGUCCCCUUUCCAUGAGACAGGAAAGCUCCUCAAGCUACGCUAUGAUGGUGCUGUCAAGGUCUUCAGUGCCACCAAUGACGCCAUGGGCCAAUCAGAGCUUGUGAGCCCCCAGCAUCAUGGCCGCUUGGCUAAAGGUCCUGCUGCUCCACGCCCCACUGAUCUGGUUUAUAUGGAAGAUUCUCCUAGCUUCUGCCGGUCUAGCAGAUAUUCAGUGGGCACUGCUGGAAGGACGUGUUCCCGUGAGGCCAACUGUGACAGUAUGUGCUGUGGCCGGGGUUACAAUAUCCAGACCCACAUUGUUACCUUCUCUUGCCAUUGCCAGGUGCAGUGGUGCUGCUAUGUGGAAUGUCAGCAGUGCAUGCAGGAAGAGGUGGUUUACAGCUGCAAGCAAUAAGACAUUGAACCGGGGAGCUGGAGGACAAGGGCCAUUUUGCCUUAGGACUGCAUCUAGGUCUAGAUAUCAUGAUGACUUGGGCUUCCUUGAUAUCAUUGUUUCCUCCUUGAUAUUGGAUCUAAAAGCUAAAAUAGGGGUAAUUUGCACCAGGUCUAAGCAAUGGAAUUACUGAUUUGGAGUCCAGCAGGCAAGGAGAAAGCAUAAAAUGGGUGCAAACCAGCCCUCAGGACUGACUGCUUCUGCUGGACAGAGUCAAAGAACUCUGCUCAGAAGAUGUAUAAGGACCUAUCUUAUACUGCCAGGCCAUUGGUUCAUCCGUCUUAGGGCUGUUUAUUCUCAUUGAAAUAAGAUAUGUUUCCUAACCUGAGACCUCUUCAGUUAACAGUUAUUGAGGGCAGAAAUGGAAGCUUUAAAGUGGCAGGUUUCAGAACAUGAGCACGUUCCAGUAUAGUAACUUUAGCACUCAAGAUGGUGAGAAAAGAUAACUAAUUUGCAACUGUUUGAAUAAAAUAUGAAUUAAAUUUCCUGGUUUUGAUGUCCUGGAACACAAACUGUGACAGCCAAACAAUAUCUAGGACUAGAGUGGGGAACUCCAGUCUGUGGAUCUAACCCAGCUUGCCAGGUGGGCUGUCUGGCCUGCAGAAUCUCAAGCAACGGAGCUCCUCCAAAGCU